UUAAAUUGAGGAAAGCCUGAUUGAGUGGAGAGGGGCGCCAUUCUCCCGAAUAUUAUGGAAGGUCUCUGUAUUCGCAUGGCUAACUUUGAUAGUUACAUUAUAUUCUAUUAAUAGGUUUGAUGAUCUCUCUCUUUCUCUCAGCAUCUGGUCUCAUUUUCUUUUCAUUCAUCUCUUUCUUUUUCUUUCUUUUUCCCUCUCCCUAUUCCGUUUGUUGUUUCUUUUUCCUUAUGUUCUAUGACAAGCUAUCGUUUUCUGUAAGCCACAACAAUGAGUUUGGGAACCGUCACUGGGCCAUACACCGAAGAAUUUUUGGUGUGCCAAUCUAUCCACAAAAUAUGCCCCAAAAGUUUAUGGCAUGACAUCCAUAUUUUUGAUUAUGCCUUACCUGUUCUAUUGGUCCAGACCAUUCUAAUUUUCUUUGUUUCAAGAUUUAUCUACUUUGUAUUGAGGCCUGUUCAACAAAGUAUGAUGAUGGCACAACUUUUGGCUGGUAUUAUAAUAGGUCCCACCAUUCUAGGGCGGUAUGUGACGUUUAUGCGUUACUUGUUCCCUCCAGAAGGCAGAGUGACUCUUCAAAUAUUUGCAAAUUUGGGUUUCAUGCUUCACUUCUUCAUACUAGGAGUUCAGUUAAAUGCAAACUUACUGAAAAAGGUAGGAACUAAUGCUGCACUAAUAGGGAGCCUGGCUUUUGCUAUGCCUUAUGUUAUUGGUGGCUUGUCCUACUUGACCAUGCGCUCCCUAAUGCCUAUGGACCAGACAUUAAGAACUGGCCUUGUAGUGGUAGUGACAGCGAAUUCCCUUUCUUCCUUUCCUGUCAUUAUCAGCCUCCUUUCUGAGUUAAAUAUUCUCAAUUCGGAACUGGGACACUUAGCCAUCUACACCUCGAUGGUCAGUGAUUUGUGCUGCGUGUGUAUGGCUACAACUUUGACAACAGUUGGUGCGUUCCGCGAACACUCCAAAUGGAAUUCGUUAUCAUCUAUGUUCUGGAUGGUCUUCUUUGUUUUUGUUGUUCUUUUUGUUUUGCGGCCUUUCAUACUAUGGUUAACCAAAAAUACCCCAGAAGGACAACAGUUGGAGGAGUUUCACUUCUUUGUCAUUCUUGUACUUGUCUUUGGGUGUGCCUUCUGUAGCCAGUAUCUUGGCCGGCAAUCUGCAUUUGGCCCUUUAUUGUUGGGCAUUGUCUUGCCUGAAGGACCACCGAUAGCGACAACCGUGGUAAAGAAGCUCGACACCGUCACAAAUGGGCUGUUCAUUCCCGUUUUCUUUGCGAUUAGUGGCUUGACUACAGACUUAAUGGCCUUCCGAGGACGGAGAGCUUUGGCCAUAACCGAGUUAGUCAUCAUUAUGGGAUAUGUAGGGAAGUUCGUGGGCACACUUCUGCCUGCACUUUAUUUCGGAGUUCCUUUCCAGGAUGCUACAUCUCUUGCUCUAAUCAUGUGUUGCAAAGGCAUCAUCGAUGUUGCUAUAUAUAAUGCAUGGAGGGACGGCAAGAUCAUGGAUGACCUUUGUUUUGGCCUUCUCUUAAUUACAAUGCUGAUUGUAACCGGCAUUGCCAGAAUUAUGGUAGGUCGUCUCUACGAUCCAUCGAGGAGGUACACAGCCUACGGGAGAAGGACCAUUCUCAACUCUAGCAACAACAGCAGGCUCCGGAUUUUGGUCUGUAUCCAAAACGAAGAACAUGUCCCGGGCCUCAUAAACCUCCUUGAAGCCUCUAAUCCCACGAGGUUCAAUCCCAUUACAGUCUUCGUUCUACAAUUGAGUGAACUCACUGGCCAUGCAGUCGCUUCGCUUGUUCCCCACUACCAUCUGAAGAAAGUUACAUCUCAGGCCACCAGUUCUGAACACAUUGUCAACGCCUUCAACAGAUAUGAGCAGCGCCAACAAGGGAGUGCUCUGGUGCAGCACUUCAACGCAAUUGCGCCGUAUUCAAGUAUGCAUGACGACGUAUGCAGUUUGGCACUGGACAAGAGUACCACCAUUGUAAUCCUUCCUUACCACAAGCAAUGGACAAUAUUUGGAUCAGUGGGAGCAACAAACCGUUCUAUUAAAUAUGUCAACGGCAAAAUCAUGAACAAGGCUCCUUGCUCUGUUGGCUUCCUGAUUGACCGUGGCCAACUAGGUGGUAACCCCUCUGUCGUAAUAGGGAAGACAUUUUAUCGAAUCGCCUUACUCUUCUUUGGCGGUGUGGAUGAUUUGGAGGCACUUGCCUAUGGCAGACGCAUGGCUGAGCAUCCGAAUAUCAGCUUCACACUGGUUAGAUUCAAACACGAAAAAGUGCCCACCAAAAAGGGGGAGGUUAAUCCUGAACACGAACUGUUACGUGAGUACAUGAUCAGAGCAGCAAUGAGCAAGGAGAAAAACCAGUACAGAGAGGAGACUGUGAAAGACGGGUCUGAAACUACGCAGAUAAUACGUUCUAUGGAGGAUGGUUUUGAUUUGGUGAUUGUGGGUUGCCACCAUGAUCCAGAGUCACCACUUUUAUUAGGCCUAAUGAAUGCAGAUUGGGUGGAGUGCCCUGAGCUUGGGGUCAUCGGAGACAUUCUAGCCGCUACAGAUUUUACAUUUUCAGUUUUGGUGGUGCAGCAACAGCCACCAACAUCCACUUGCAGCAGAUCAGUACAAUCGCGUGUCUUUCCUGCUUCCUUUGAUGAUGAAGGAGAUUGUCCACCACCUCACUCUACAAAUCCAAUAAGUAGUGAUGAGUCAAAAAGAUGCCCAGUCUAGCAUGUCCUUCACUUUCAGUGUAGUGUUUUUCUGUAGAAAUAGGAGGUCUGCUUUUGUUUUUAUCAAACAAAGUGUAUAUUGUUUUAGCGCCAAGAGUUCUUCUAUGUACAGAAUGAUGAAGAAGA